GAAAUGUCAAGGCCCACCACCACCAGUGACACAUUUUUCUCCAACAAGGUCACACCUCCUAAUAGUGCCACCCUUAUACAACUAUGGGGGCCAUUUUCAUUCAAUCCACCCCACACAGUGAGUAUUUGAUGAGUGCAUGAAUGGGUGAUAAGGAUGACUAGUUCUCUACACAAACUUGUACAGACAUAUAUCCACCCUGGCAAUUCUAAAGACAGACACUUACACAGUCCAUUUGGCUGUCAGACUCUUGAUGUAAGAAACAAUGGCUCCGAAGGAAUUGGAAUUCACCUAAGAAUUCUUGCAGAAACAAGGAACAGGCUGAGCCUUGUUGCUAGCCAGAGAGAGAACUUGAUCCCCUGGAAGAGAUUUUACCCCAUUCCAGUAACUGACUGGAUUAUCUUGCAGGCCAGACCAGAGAUGAGACAGAGAAUCAGUGGUGGACAGGUCCAUGCUAUGACCAAGACCUCUCAGGUGUAUAUGUUUCCUUCCUUCCGAUUAAACCUGAACUUCAUGUCAGUGUCCCAGUGCUGAACUUGGGGUCACUAGACCUCUUUAUGGGUUCUCCUCCCAAAGUGGCCACAUGGGAUAAAUCUCCUUUCUGUUCUCUUCACAGGAUUCUGCCACCUGGUGACACUGGAGUCUUCAGUGUGCCUAAGCGGUCUCUGUCAUGUUCAUGUGACAGCGAAAUUGUUAAUAUCAUGGCUCUCACACCCAACAUCACUGAGUCACAUCUCACUGUUUCCCAAAUGGCUCAUAACUGGCAUGGGCACUUUGCCAUGAAGAACUUAAGAAUCCUGUGUUCUCGGAGAAAUAACUCCUUGGAGCAGCAAGAGAAAAGCUUUCUCCUUUCUCCGUGAAGUACAAUGUCAUAGGAAUAAUAAGCUCCUGUUAAAGAGAAAACCGUGCCGAACAAAGCCAAAUACAUAAGGGAGACUUCAUUCAGGGAGCCUUAGUGAAGGAGAAAGGCCAGAGGUUGAGGACAAUGACACAGAGUUAGUCUUUCUGAUGCCUGUCCAAGUAGGCUGCUACUUUCAAGUGAGACUCGGAGAGGGGGAAUUGUCACAAUGACUCUGUUUCAAAGGGAUGGCUCCCAGGUCCUUCAGAAAGACAUUUGCGAGUUGUCAAACUAGAAACAUUUUUUAAUACAUUUCAUAAAAUCACUUUUAUUUUGCUAUCUAGCUCAGGCUGGCCUUGAACUCACAUUCCUCCAGCCUCUGCCUCCCAAGUGUUUGACUACAGACCUGUAUACACACCAACAUAUCAGGCACAUAGCUAUGAGUUUUGAAGUGACUAAGAUAGAAUUAACCAUGACAGACUUUCUAAAAGAAGCAAAGAUAGGCCCCUAGAGGUAGGUAUAAGAUGGUCUUAAGUUGAGUAAAGCUGGGAAAACCACAAAGCAAAGGGCAGGUGGUUUCCUCAGGGAUUCGGUGAGAGCAUCAUGUUUUAUAAAGCUCACUGGACAGCCUCCUCAGUGUAAAGUGUCUCUGAGGCAGCAAUAGGAGAAUACAGCUAGUGUCCAUUUCGUUUGGUAGGUCGGCCGUCUGGGUCAGCCACCAGGAAAGAGGAUGGUUCUUGCCAUUCGCUAGGGUCUUGGUGUUGGUGACAGGAAGUCCUUGAAUAUGGUCCUGCCCACCCAAGGGUGUUAGUCAAGAGUGCCUUCCUAACCCAGAUGCUGUUAUCGGACACAGGUGUGUAAAAUACACCACAGGCACAGGUUUGCUUUUCCUGAGGAUAUCAUACCUUUCCAUGGUGGAGGAAAUGUCCAUGGAAUGGGAGUACACCUUGAGUAGGGUCUUAGGGCUUUAUUGCUGCGAAGAGACACCAUGACCACAGCAACUCUUAUAAAGAAAAAAACAUUUAAUUGGGGCUGGCUUACAGGUCAGAGGUUCAGUCCAUUAUCAUCAUGGCAGGAAGCAUGGUGGCGUGUAGGCAGAUUUGGUGCAGGAGAGGUAGCUGAGAGUUCUACAUCCAGGUCAGUAGGCAGCAGGAAGCGACAGUGACACGCUGGCCAGGCAGGAGCUUCUGAGACCUCAAGGCCCACCCCCUAGUGAUGCACUUCCUCCAACGAAACCACUCCCACUUCCACAAGGCCACAGCUCCUAACAGUGCCACUCCCUUUGGGCCCAUGGUGGCCAUUUUUAUUCAAACCACCAAGAGUACCUAGUGUGCCAAACUAUAGAUUCAAAACUAGUCCAGUAUUAGAAACAAGGAGAAAGUAACAAAGACCGGAAAGAUGCAUGGGAACUCCGAACUUAAGGGAUUGGUUAAAUCAAGAAGGCACAGGUAUGUUCUUACUGAGAGUGUAAGCUGUGGGUCAGGUGAGAGCAGUACUGUGAGUGCCUUAGAAAAGCUCGGAGAUGUAGAAAAAUCUAUAAGUGAAGGUGAAUGAAACCUUUCUCACAUGCCACGUUCUUGAGAUUUUAUACAGUCAGGGCUAUUUCAGGACCUUUGCCAUGGGGCUGCCUCAAGACUCCAUGGUUCUAGUCAGAAAACAGAUAUUUGGUGAUUAUAAUGGAAAUUUAUAGUCAUGCUUUUUUUUUUUUAAAUGCCAGAGAACAUCUCUCCACUGUUCGAAGGUAGCACGUGGCUUGGUACUCUAGCACACAGCAUGCUUUGGUGUGUGCGUUCAAUUACCCCGCAAAUGACUGUUCUCAAGCAGCAUUCUCUACCUCCCCAAUGCUGCGUGAGACCCUUUAAUACAGUUCCUCAUGUUGUGGUGACCCCGUCGGUAAAAUUGUUUAGUUGCUACAUUGUAACUGUAGUCUGCUACUGUUGCGGAUUGUGAUGUGAACAUCUGUGCUUUCCAGCGGUCUUAGGUGACCCUUGUGAAAAGGUUGAUUGACCCCUAAAAGGGUCGUACCCCACGGGUUGAGGACCAUUGCUCUAGAUUUUCACUUUUGGUAUCCUUAAAAGUUGUAUACGUUUUAGUGACCUUCGUUAAACUUCACGGGUGACGAAAGGAGUUACUUCAAACACAGCCCUUAACACUGGAUUUCUUUUCUUUUCUUUUCUUUUUUUUUUUGGAGCUGGGGACCGAACCCAGGGCCUUGUGGUUGCUAGGCAAGCACUCUACCACUGAGCUAAAUCCCCAACCCCACUGGAUUUCUUUUUGGGAAUCCCUCUGUGUUUACUUUUCUAUGGCAGAGUUGGAGGAAACUAAGUCCUUUUACUUAGGAGAGAGCUGGAUAAGACUUCAGACCAGGAGGUUACUCAUUGAGAGGAUUAUUCUGAAUUAAUACUGUGAUUCUAACCAUGAGGGGCCUCCAGUUAGGCUGCAUCUCAAUGGUGGGAGAGAGGAGAGAGGACACAGAGAAAGCAGCUACUCUGAGCAAGCCCCUCAUGAAAGCUGACUGGAGCCACCGGCUGGAGCUACCGGCUGACUGCGUACUUUCAGAAGCCCGAGGACCAGAAACUUCUAUUUCAGCAAUGGAGAGAUGCCUCUGUUUUCCUUCUUUGUGGCUGAAGUUUGAGAGAGAGGCCUGUGCUGAGCUUUCUGGAAGACUUGCCCUCCUGCUGCUGUGGGCCCAGUCUCUGACACCCGCCUGGGAUUCAGGUCAUAUCCACCGCCACUUCAAGGUGGGCUGCUUGCUUUAAAGCCCUUUGAUACUCUGACGAAAGCCUAUGUCCCAUUUGAGGUGCCGACCAAUUCAAGUGCCAGCUGGGCCCUUUGUUUAUGAUUGGCUCACGUUUCCGAGUGAAUUUCUUUCCGGAGACGACAUCCUAUGAGUCACCUUUGAAAUGAGAAUUUAUCGGCUUAGGGUCAGGAUAAGUGUAGCCAUCUGAGGGCCCGUUUCAGUAGUAUGGGUCUGUAUUAAAGAUAGAGGUGCGUCCUCCCACACGCUCAGCCCCUGAAGUCUGUUGCCUUCUCCAAAAGAACAACAUCUCUCACCUGCUUCUUUUAUCUCUAUCCAGCUGCGGACCUGACGGUCUUACUGUUACCCAAUUACCAGCUUGGAGCCUAAGUCUUGAGUUUGAUUUGGAAAUGUUCUGCCAACACGCAUGCUCUUUCUGCUAAAAAACCAAACCAAACCAAAUAAAACAAAACAUGGAGACAGGAUGGAUCGGCUCUCUCUGUGUCUCCUGUGUCUCCCUCAACACCCCCAGCUGCCCAGGGAUCAGACAGUCUGGCCGUGUCAUACUUAAGACAAACAACAAUGAAUUCUCUCUCCUUUCCUCUUGGGCACUGUGUUCAGGAGGCAGUGAAAACUGGUUUCUGCUUCUUUCUUUCCUGGGAGUUGGGUAUUAGGAGAGGCCCCUCAGGAUGGUCCUCCUGAUUAUCUACCCUUCACUUGUCUUUACUGUACUCACUGAAGGCGCUAAGAGUGGAGCGGUGGGAAUUGGAGGGUUCUUCUUUUUAAAAACGUCUUUAAGAUUUUCUUUCUCUGUGGGGAAUGGUAUCUCGAGCAGGACGUCUGGCACAAGCAUGAUGGAGCAGGAUUGGAGUACACACACCUCACUGUUCUGCUUCGAAGUCCUGACUCAGUCCCACCUCGAGGUGCAGAGCCUCCUCUUGCUCAGUGGUGUGCAGCGUCCACUUAGAUUCUCAGGAAACUGAGUGACUGCUCGGCCAUUUGUUUGAAAACCUGAAUCUGCUUGUUGGACUCAAACCAGUCCUGUCAGACUUUUCUCUGGGCGUGGGGACAGUUUAGAGGGAUGAGAAAUUAUCCUGGCGUUACAACGCAAAAAGAUUUUCUGCUGGUUUAGUGCUCUUUGUUCAGUCCUGGCAGUGUGGUUGUCAGUGGUGUGGUGGUGGCAGUGGUGUGGUGUCAGUGGUGUGGUGGUGGCAGUGGUGUGGUGGUGG